GUGUGUGUGCGUGUGUGCGUGCGUGCGUGCGUGCGUGCGUCAGCUGAUCAGGUGUAUGGAGACCAGGACAUGCACGAGGUGGUCCGGAAACACUGUAUGGACUACCUGAUGAAGAACGCUGACUAUUUCUCCAACUACGUGACGGAGGACUUCACCACAUACAUCAACAGGAAGAGGAAAAACAAUUGCCACGGCAACCACAUCGAGAUGCAGGCGAUGGCGGAGAUGUACAACAGACCGGUGGAGGUGUACCAGUACAGCACAGAGCCAAUCAACACGUUCCACGGCAUCCACCAGAACAACGACGAGCCAAUCAGAGUGAGCUACCACCGCAACAUCCACUACAACUCUGUGGUGAACCCCAACAAGGCCACGAUCGGCGUCGGACUGGGACUGCCCGCCUUCAAACCCGGGGUACCGCACACACACACGCACACACACGCUCGCUCUCUGAUAAUAGAGAGGAGGGGUCUCCACGCGGGGCUCAUACGGUCAUGAAAAACCUGGAAAAGCCAGCAGAAGCAAUGAAUGUUUUGGAAAGGUCUGGAAUUCUGUUUCACAAACCUGUUUAAUAACACAUGAGGUGUUCAAGGACCGUCAGCAAUAUUACAAAAUCUAAGGAUAGUUUCUGUUAGUACAGUUUCUAGCUGUGACAUUAAAAAAAACCUGGCAAUUUUAUUUUUUCAAAAAUCACCAAAAAAUUUUAAAGGACAAGAAAUUGCCCUUUUUUCAUUCUAAAGUCACCCACAAAAGGCUUUUUUUUCUUUUCUUUAAAAAUGGCCUUUAAUAAGAAAAAAGAAAAAUACAAUGGCCCAAA